UGGUCUGAAUUCAGCACAACAGGCGAAUGAUCCCUGCAGAAGUUAGCUAGCUAAAGCUGUGUGGUUGGUUUGUUUACUCUUUAGGUACCGAAUUUAACCCCCUUGGGAAACCUGUUCGUGCCUUUAAGGUCAUGAAUACUUUAACCACAGCGUUAGCUCAGCUAAAUGUCGGUGUUUAGUUAGUCUGCUGAUUUCUGAAUAGAGCUGCUGCCGGGGCAAAUGACAGUGAAGUGUUUCUGAAGCGGAUCAGGGGCCUCAGCGCUGCAAUCAUGACCCGCGAUGUGCUUGGAGAUGAACUGCCUGAUUGGGUGGGUGCAAAGGAGUUCCAUCAGAAGUAUGAGCCCAAGGAGGUCAUUGGCAGAGGUGUGAGCAGUGUGGUGCGCAGGUGUGUUAACAAACACACAGGAGAGGAAUUAGCAGUGAAGGUGAUUGAGAUUACUGCAGAAAAAAUGACAGUCCAGCAGUUGGAAGAAGUGAAGAGCUCCACUCUGAAGGAGAUCCACGUCCUUAAUGUAUUGAAAGGGCACCCGUCAAUCAUCACACUUGUUGAUUCAUAUGAGUCAGCAACAUUCAUCUUUUUGGUUUUUGACCUCAUGAGAAGAGGAGAGCUGUUUGAUUACUUAACAGAAAAGGUCACUCUCAGUGAAAAGGAGACGAGGUAUAUGAUGCGUGCUCUUCUUGAAGCUGUCCAGUAUCUUCAUUCCCUUAAUAUUGUACACCGGGACCUCAAACCUGAAAAUAUUCUGCUGGAUGACCAGGGACACAUUAAACUAUCAGACUUUGGUUUUUCAGUGCAGCUGCGACCUGGACAAAAGCUGAGAGAGCUGUGUGGUACUCCAGGCUAUCUUGCGCCAGAGAUUCUGAAAUGUUCAAUGGAUGAAACACAUGAGGGAUAUGGAAAAGAGGUUGAUCUGUGGGCAUGUGGUGUGAUCCUGUUUACGCUACUUGCUGGAUCUCCUCCUUUCUGGCACCGUAAACAGCUUCUGAUGCUAAGAAUGAUCAUGGAGGGCCGUUAUCAGUUCAGCUCUCCAGAGUGGGAUGACAGAUCUGAUACUGUCAAAGACCUGAUCUCAAGGCUUUUGGUGGUAGAUCCUCCGCUUCGUCUUACAGCCGAGCAAGCUUUGGCUCAUCCUUUCUUUCGCCAGUAUCAAAAAGAGGAGGUACGACUGUUUAGUCCCAGGAAGACAUUCCGGGUCCUAAUCCUGACUGUUUUGGGCUGUAUUCGUAUGUACUGCCGCUACAACCGGGCCAGGCCCCUGACGCGGGAGCUCCUAGCUAGAGACCCUUACUCUUUGAGAGCUGUGCGCAAACUUAUUGACGGCUGUGCUUUUCGCAUAUAUGGACACUGGGUGAAGAAAGGGGAACAACAGAACCGGGCUGCUCUUUUCCAGAACACCACUAAAAUUCUUCUUGUUGGUUUAGAGGACCUUGAGAACUAGAUCCAUUAUUUUCCUGUAUCUAACGAUACUUCACUAUUUUGCAUUAUAAGUUAUAACACAGUUCAGGGACUAUAGGCAUUCAUCCGUCCAGAGGCGCACAAAACAGAUUUGUACUAUUUAUUCAUGAUUACUGUUUCAUUAACAAUGAGAGGUGCUUCAUUCAUUCAUUCAAUGUUACAUGCAAGUAAUCUGACCUCACUUUUACUGUUUCACUGUAUUAUGAUCAGGUUGCUCUUGAAUGUAUGAACAGACCUGUAGCAUACUAAGUGUACUGCUUGUGUAUAAUCUAAAAAUAUAAUAUGCAGAUUGGGGAUGACUAGAUUGGGGUUGCUGGCUAUUGUAACUCUGUUUACAUUCCAACAGACCAGCGGCUAUUCUUGGGUGUUAUAUAAUCUUGUUGAAUUUAAACACUGUAAGUGUCCUAAUGAUUGUUACGUGCAUUACCAGAGGUUUAUUUACUGGCUAAUUUGUAAAUUACCAGAUUGUGGAUGACAGGUAACUACUGUAUUGUACAUCUAGUUUUAGUUUUACUUUGUUUAUAUCUUAGCUCAGAUACAUUAUUUUACUGCAGCAUUUACAUCUUUCUGAUAAGCAAUGUAUGGUUGCUUUCCUGAUCACUUUCAGAAGAUUUAUUUUAAUAUAUUUGACCACUUAUUCCUUUUCAUCUAUGAUAACCAAACACCAUGUUUUUAUGACUGAGUACUGUACUGAUUGUGACUAAAAAAGCAAAUAUAUUACUAUAUUAUUA